AAUUGUUUGGCAUUUAAUGAAUGUUUGAAUUGUUUUGAAUCAAAACUUUGAUUAUUUGACUUAAUGUGAAGACAUUACCGCCGAAGAUGUCGACGGAUAAUGAGAUAUCAACUCAUUAUUCAGUACUUAAUUGCGAUGAAAAGGCGUCUAAAGAAGAGAUCAGAAGACAGUACAAGAAGUUGGCUCUUAUGACACAUCCCGACAAAUGCGAGGCCAAGACUUCGUCCGAAGACUUUCAUCGCAUCGAUAAAGCCGUCAAAGUAUUGGACAACGACUCGAGUCGUCGUCAAUACGACUCUCAACUCAUCGAUGUUUAUGAAUAUUCGUGUCGUUGCGGCGGAUCUUAUUUGGUCUCAAAUGAAGAUGUGGUCACUUAUAGGAAACAAUUGACACAUAAUUAUCUGAUAAUUGAUUAUCGAUUGGGCUCUGAGUUGAGCGCUAUUAUUGAGUCACAACUCAUACCGUUUUGUUCAUCACUAGAGAACUGGUGGCUAACUAUAAGAGGCGAAGAGAAGAGCACUUCUUUCUAA